AUGCUGGGCGUUUUCCAGCGUCUAAUUGCCUCCCGCACCAACGAUGUGCAUGCCUUUACCGUAAUCACUGCCCUUCUGCUCUCGGUACCGCGUCAACUAAUUCAGCCCUUCCUGCCGCAAGUCUUUAUCUGCAUCUUCCAGCGUCUGCAAUCGGCCAAGACGGAGAAAUUCCUGCGUUGUCUCACCCAUUUCCUAGCCGACUUUGUACUCAUUUUCUCCGCCAACGACUUGAUCCUCAUCACGGACUCUGUUCAGGACCGCAUUUUCGGUCGCAUCCUUGAGAAGGUUAUAAUACCUUACGCGGAGACGGCCAUCUCAUCACCCUUUGGCCUCAUCAAUCCCACCCAAGUGCUCACGAGUAUGGCCGAUUUAAUUUGAUUGAUAUUUGCUACUCACAUGUACUUCAGUAGGUCGUUAAUAUAUGUGUGUAUUUAUUUACAGCUCACUGCAAUGCCGGUGACGCGCAUGCCACCAAAAC